GACCCAUAAUGCUAACCAUGACCCGGGCAGAGAGAGAGAGGGAGAAGAGGAAGGAGCUUUUGAAGGCUGAGGAGAAAAGGAAGAAGAUGGAGGAUUUUAAUAAGCAGUGGAGAGAGCAGUCCCUGCUUAAAAAACAAACUCAUCAGAAACUGAUGGAGGAGAGGGAGAGGAUGAAGGAAAAGUACCUGGAGCAGAUGAAUCUGGAGGCAGAUGCUCAAAUCAACACCCGGUGUCUAACCACCCAACACAGCCACGAUUAUCUGGAGACAACACAGCCCGCUGGAUCUGGAGAUGGCCACCAGGAAAGGCCAAGGAGGCAACAGGCAUGGGCAGAGAACCAGGAGGGGAGUUCAGAGAACCAGCAGGAGUGGCCGGAGAACCAGCAGGGGGGGCCAGACAGCCAGCACCUAGAAGCUCCAGAAGAGGCUGAAACAUCAGAGCCAACCUCCAAGAACAAGAAAAGGCCAGGCAUCUGGAAGAGAAUUAAGAUGGGCAUUCCUGACCUGCUGUCUGCCUAGAGCUGGAACUCGAAGAAGCCACAGUUCCACUGAGGUUACGUUGGUCAUUAAAAGUGUCGCCCAAUAAUUCCUCCUCCUCUUUAAGUCAUCAAGCCACAUUUCCUCCACAAAACAUUAUCGUCUCCUCAAGCCAGCAAGUAUCCUCUUUAUCAGGCAACAAACCAUCGAAGGUCAGUGACCCUCCUCCCCAGAGCAGAGGUUCUCAUCUUUAUCCUAAUUAAAUUCAUCUCUGCUCACCACCUCUACUGUCCUAGAAAAUAUCCCCAAAUGGACAUGGUUUAAACAGAAGUCCUUCCCUCAGACCAGUGGCUCCACAAACCAGAGUUUCUCAUCUUUAUUCAAGUUGAACGCAACUCUGAUCAUUUCCACCACCUCACCUGUUAAGGGGAGGUGCUGAAAAGGAGGUCUGGGAGGAGGUCUGCAGGUAUCCUGGACCGGACCGGUAGCAGCUAAGUUGCUGGCUCCAUCCCCGGACAAAGCUGCUCAAGUCAGGCCAGUGAUGUUUGACGAUGUCAUUUUUGUUAUUAAAGUUUUACGUUUUAAUAAAAGCAUUUAUUAAAAAAGCAAUAUUGUUG